AUGGCAGACUACUCUAAUCUCCCAGACUUCGACUCCCUUCCCAAAGUCGAGGGCAUGCCCCAGGGCUGUGCCUGGGGUGUCUUCGACAAGGAUGGCAAGAAGGACCAUCUGGGCUGCAUAAACCUCCUGACCCCGACGGUGGUACAAGAGGCUUUCAAGGAAGCACGCGACGGCGUCUCGGUCUCGCUCAAUUGGCCCAUCGGCGCCAUCAACAAGCCGGGUUUCCUGCGGAAAGGCCUGGAACACAAGGUGUUCUCCUUCAAGGAAGGGCCAUUUGACAUGCACGGGUUCGACGACGAGGUCGAAUUCAACACACAAUGCUCCUCGCAGUGGGACAGCUUGAUCCAUUACUGCCACCAGCCCACCGGAUGCGGGUAUAACGGCGCCAAACCGACCAAGGAACAACUGGUCCAGACCUUCGGCAACGUCGACCUGGACAAGACCAUUCCCUCGUUAAACCACUGGCACGACCGUGGCGGGCUGGUGGGCCGGGGCGUCCUCCUCGACUACCGCGCCUACGCCGAGGCCAAGGGCAUCAAGUACGACUGCUUCGACUCGCACGCCAUCUCGGUGCAGGACCUCGAGGCUGUGGCCGCGCACCAGGGCACCAAGUUCAAGCACGGCGACAUCCUGAUCGUGCGCUCCGGAUUCACCGAGGACCUGGGUGCCGCCCCGGCCGAGGAGCAGGAACGCAUGCUAGGCACGCACAAGGCAGUCGGUGUCAAGGGCUGCAAGGAGACGGCCAAGUGGGUGUGGAACCACCACUUCGCUGCGGUGGCGGGCGACGCCAUUGCAUUUGAGGUUCUGCCUCCCACGAUCGAGGAGGACGGCAACCGACCGGGCACCAUCAGCGAGCUUGUUCUCCACCAAUACUUCCUCUCCCUCUUCGGCCUGGCUAUCGGCGAACUGUGGGACCUCAAGGCCCUCGGCGCCCACUGCAAGAAAGUCGGCCGAUACGAGUUCCUCCUGACGAGCGUGCCCUUGAACGUGCCCGGCGCCAUCGGCAGCCCCCCGAACGCUCUCGCCAUCUUCUAG